UAGCUCUACAGCGCACAUGCGUUAGUCCUAGCUGCGCACGCACCCCUUCCUCCCCGUGCUUCAGGUUGCGCAUGCGCUUCCUCCCACCGCGCCUCGCCGUCGGGAUCUCUCCUCUCUGUCUUUUGAGGAAUUGCUGCAGCUGCGGAACAGGGUUGGAACCAAAGCAUAUCAAGAGAUGACUUGUGGGAAGAAGGCACCACACCAUACCAAAGUCAAGACAAAGCAACGGCAGAGCAAGCGGGGACCACUGGAGUUUUCUGCCAAGACCCCAGUUCCCUUUCUGCGACAGGUGGUCUCUGCUAAAAAAAAGGUGCACAGAGAUCCGCGCUUUGAUGACUUAUCUGGGGAGUACAGCCCAGAAGUGUUUGAGAAGACGUACAGCUUCUUGAACAGCAUCAAGGAGAGGGAGAAAGAGAUCGUUCAGAAGCAGCUGAAGAAAAGCCGAAACGCAGAGCAGCAAGAGAACCUGCAGCAGUUGCUAAAGAGAAUGACACAGCAGGAAGUUGCUCAGAAAGACCGGCAGAGACGGAGAGAGAAGGAGCUGGCCCUGAAAAAACAACAGAGGGAACAGGCCCAACAGGGGAGGAAGCCCUUCUACUUGAAGAAAUCUGAGAAACGGAAAUUGGAGUUGGCAGAGAAAUAUGCAGAGCUGAAGAGGAGUGGGAAGCUGGAGAGCUUCCUGAGCAAGAAGAGGAAGAGGAAUGCCAUUAAGGACAAGCGCAGGCUGCCCUUCCGUAAAGAUAUGUGACUGCUGGGGUGGGCUGGGCAUGCAUGCAGCAAUGUUGACUGGAUAUCAAGCACUGGGAUUUAGCUCUGGCUGCUGACUGGCCGUGCCCAACUGUCCCACAUCCUGCUCUUGGUUCUCUCUUCUCUGUAUCACUGCUCUCUGUUGCUGAAUGACAGUUGUCUUUCAGUAGUGGGGUUGGGGCUCUCUAUCCACCUAGACAGCCAGGGGUUGAGCAGAAUAAAGUUCUGGUCCAAGCUGCACACAGGGCUAGCUAGAAUAUUCCAUAAGGUUCAGACAUUGUCUAGAAUGCGGGGUCCAGAGUCAUGCAGGUUGGUCACAACUAGUUCUGUCCUUGUACAAAAUGCCUUUGCCCUAGUAUUCAUUCACUUGCUGUCAAGGCACAGCAGGCUUGUGCCCCUGCAUUAGAAUAUGAGCAAGAGCUUUUCUCUUGCUCAUAUUCUGGCAAGAGCCCUUGCUCUUGCACAGGUAGGAGGAGCAGUCUGAACCUCCUGGACUGGCUCAGGUUAGGCUUCAUGGAGUUUAGUCCUCUCUCUUUUCAGAACUGAUGUCAGCUAAGAGCAGAUGCAACUGGGACCCUUUCCAGACCCUACACCACCCUUUGCCAAUAUUGUGGUUCUGUAUUACCCUGCGUGUGUAGCCCAUCAGGCAGCUUUGGGUCCAUCUGAUGGCUUAUUUCUCAAAAAAUGUUGAGCGUAUUUUCAUGGGUUGCUAUGCAAAAAAGUUGUAAUAAAAGAUAAAUCUCUCAUCACUUCUGUGCUGGUAAUCCAACAGUUCAGUACAAAGUUUUAGCUUCUUGGGGAUUUAAUUUCUCCUUUCAUGACAAGCUCUCCUCUCCACAGGAAUUGCCUUUUCCCAUGGUAAUGAACAGGAUUGCUACAUUUGAGUAGCACUCUUCUAUGUUUGUUUCAGGCCUUUGGCACCUGUCACACUCCCCACUGCCACUAGAACGGGCAGGGAUUUGGUAUGUCCAUGUUGGGAGGGGGUUCUCCUUUAUGCCUGUGAGUCAGACAGGUCAGCAUUUUCCUGCAGGGAGGUCCUCUUAGCCUUAUAGUUGCCAGAAUUGUUCUGCUGAUGGUCUUAGUCCCUCUCUCCAUUACAAAGUCUUGCUGACUGCACUGUUAGCUACAGGAUGUUAAAAGAUCUCAUCCUGGAGCUGAUAGCUCUGCAAGCAAACCCCAUGGGGUGACUGCAGUCCUGGUGGCAGAAGCUGCUGUUGUUCAAGAUAGUUGGCAUAGUUCUGGCAGUAGAACUCUUGCCAGCAGAAAUGUACUUGCAGGAUGGGCUCAGCUGCUGCAGCACUACCAUCAUUGUUAAAGAGAAAACAGCCUCCUAGCAUAGACAUGGCCAUAGGGACCUUCUAAGGCAGGGGCAGACAAUUAUUUUGGGCGUAGGGCUGCUUACUGAGUUUUGGCAAGCCAUCAAGGGCCACAUGACAGGCAGUCAGGGCAGAUAAAUAUUAAUUUUCUAAAUGUUUUAGGGGCCCCACAGGCCAGAUAGAAUGUCCUGGUGGGCCACUUCCAGCCUGUGGGCCACAUUUUGCCCACCCCUGUUCUAAGGCCACAUUUAGACUAACACCAGUGUAGACAGCACUCCUCCUUUUAGCAGUCAAAGCCAAUAGAUGUGUUGAGGGCUUUUCAGGCAAAUGGGGAGGAAAGGUGUUGAUCAGGCUUGAUUCUACACUACCUGCACACCUCACAGCUGCUGCUUUCCUGUGGUCAGAGUUCAGUUUUUCAAUAGUUAUAAUGCAUGCUCGAAAUCUAACUUGAACCACCGACAUGAGGGGAGGAAGCACUGCAUCACAAAACCAAGGGUAACACCUCUUGGGGAGUGAAAGAGGUGAGCUCAGCUCUACCUGAUUUGCAGGCAAAGUCCCUCUUUUUCCACCGCCAGCUUGGCCUAAAUCCUGCAGCCAACCUCCUGCUGCAUUCUGCAGCCCUCACACACACAAGGCAGCUGAAAAAUGGAGUUUCUUAUUGUAUUAAUAUUAAUUGUGUGUGGUGGGGGGGCAGUCUCCCCUUUUAAAAGUGUCUUUACUAUAUACAUGUUUAAUAUGUGUAGCAUGCUAAAACUUUGUAACAAACAUUUUCAAUUAGAGAAGUUAUUGGCAGGGAAGCUCUAGGCUUAGCCAACUGUACAGGGGGUGUGGGAGUUUCUUGGCAUGUGACAGGGGUUAGAUGUUAGCAGCAGCAGUGACAUUGUUAAUGGUUGUCAGGAAAAGUAAGCAUCAGACUUCCAGACUCCUCUCUGAGAUGAAUGGAGGCAGUUAACACUUCCCAGCUCUUGUUGAAGAUUGUCUGUGGCUUCAAGUAUACAUGUAUACACAGCUACAUAUGUGUGUACCAUCCAGGCUUUGUUUCAAAGGCUAGCUAAGUGGAGACAGACCAAAGCUCAUAAGUGGAGAAUUGGAGAUUUUUAAGAAUGAAGAUGCUAUGUUUGGAAUCAGUUUCUACAAUGGUUCCCAAGGAAGCAACAAACCUCAUAAGAGCAGAAGGCUGUGACGCAGUUACAAGGAAGGGAGUUUCUAACUGCUGGGUGAGGAGUCCCUUUCUCAUCAUGGUGUGCUGAUAGGGCAUUUAGAGUUUUUGGCAGGAAAUCUCUAGGCUUAGCCAGCUGUAUAAGGGAUGGGCAUUUUUGGCAUAUGACAAGGCAGCAGUGUUAAGUAGUGAAUGGAUAAAACUUAGGUUUUGAGGUCCAAUGAAUGCUGCACCAUAAAGUCAGAAAGGUUCUUCCCGACAGGCUCAAUCUCUCCUAACCCAAAAGAGAAUGAGAGAAUGCAUGCAUGGGAUGGCUGAAAGGUAUGUAGUAUGUUUGCAGGCAAGGUUCUUUGGGUAGAUAUGAUAUCUUUUAUUAGACCAACUAAAUAGUUGGGAAAAAGUUCUUUGCAAGCUUUCGGGCACAAACACCCUUUGUCAGGCAUAGGGAGACUCUGCUGGGGUUGUGUGUUCUCCAAGGUAGAAAAAAGCUAAUUUACAAGUAUGUCUGUGAAAAUGCAAAUGAGUGGAAGUUAGGAAGACAAUGGGUAGAGAUGGGGGAAAAGUGAGGGAAAUGUAUGAAGGAAUGCAAGUGGUCAGCUGGAGGCAGGUUACCUGGGGUAUCAGAUGUCAGGCAGGUUGUAAUAUGUCAUAAAUCCAGUGUCUAUAUUAAAUCCAUGAUUUUUUGUAUCCAGU